AUGCCGCCGAACACGGUUAUCGUUGGAUCGCUCAACUCUGUUGAGGGCAAGGUCGUUGAUGUCCCCACCCAUCAAGCCAUCGACGAGAAAAUUCGCAUCGCUGCCGAGGAUCCAGCACGAAGCAAGGAGGUAGUGCCUGCUGAGAUCACGGCUGCCGCGCCUCAAUACGAUGGUGAAGAACCCAAGAAGGACGGCGAUGGCGAGGACGUUAUCAUCAUUACGGGUGCCGAUGCUGCCAAGCACCUACUGCCGCUACGCGAUGAUCACGAACCGGUCUUAACCGCCCGGAGCAUAUUUCUGGCUACUGUCCUCUCGGCGUUCCAGGCGGUCAUGUACCAGAUCUACAUGUUCAAACCGACCACAAUUACCAUCUCGGGCACAUUUAUCGUCCUCAUCUCGUACUUCGUUGGCAAGGCCUGGGCUGCCUUUCUACCCCGUGGUGACCGAUUAGAGGCUCGAUGGAGGGCGAAAGGCGGCCAAGGUAAAAUUCCGAAAUAUAUAUCGCUCAUCUCCUUCUUCAAUCAUGGACCAUGGAAUCUGAAGGAGCAUGCGAUAUGCUCUAUCACUGCAACCUCCGCGUCGCAAGCGGCACCCAGCAUCCAGGUCUUCGCAGCGCAGGAUCUUUUUUACGACCUACCCCUCAGCGCAACCACUGUCAUCCUGAGUACUAUCUCGAUUGGUCUGUUCGGGUACGGCUUGUGUGGUAUCAUCCGGCCAAUUGUUGUCUGGCACGUCGAUGCGGUAUACUGGAGUGUCCUCCCCACAAUUAAGACUCUCCAGGGGCUGCAUUGGCAAGAUGUGAAGAACUCCAAGCCUCUCCGAUUCUUCUGGUACAGUUUCAUAGGAAUGUUCGCUUAUGAAUGGUUGCCUGCAUACAUAUGGCCAUGGCUCAACUCGGUCUCCAUUCCCUGCUUGGCCUCAAUGCACGCCACUGGCGACAAGGCCGCCGUCCUGACGAAUAUUUUUGGCGGUUCCAUCAACAAUGAGGGCCUGGGACUCUUCACCGUGUCACUUGACUGGCAAUAUAUCACUUCCUUCCAGACCUCUCUCCCUCUCAAAUUACAAGCGCACCAAGCCGCAGGUUUCUUUUUCUGCUUCAUUGCGAUGAUUGGGAUCUACUAUACCAAUGCAUGGGAUGCCAUGUCCCAGCCAUUCAUGUCGACACGGCUUCGGACAGAAGACGGAUCAGCAUAUCCCAUUACCAAGGUCUUCUCUGGUGGCGUGCUUGAUCAGGAGGCCUUUGCCACUUACGGCAUCCCCAGCCUGGCAGGGUCAUUUGCGUAUGCGAUGUUCAUGGCAAAUGCUGCUAUUGGAGCCCUUGUUGCCCACUGCAUUUUGUUUUGGGGCGGGGAUGUAGUGAGAUCAUAUAAGAGUGCAAGGCAGGGUCGAUAUGAUGAUUUGCAUCAUGCUCAUAUGGCCAAGCACUACAAGGAGACACCGUGGUGGUGGUACGUUAUUGUGCUCGUCGUCAGCUUUGUUCUUGGCCUUGUUGUCGUUGUCAAGGAGAAUGUCACGCUUUCGGCUUGGGCAUAUGUGGUUGCGCUGAUUCUGGGAACAAUCAUCGCGCCCUUCAGCACUCUACUUUACUCUCGUUACGGAAACGGAAUUGCCACGAAUAACCUGUCCAAGAUGCUUGGGGGCCUCUUGGUGCCGGAGCGUCCCAUCGGUAACAUGUACUUUGCUGCAUGGUCACACAAUGUAAUCAACGAUUGUGUGCAGCUAUGCCAAGACCUCAAGAUGGGAGAAUACUUGAAGAUACCGCCACGAAUAAUGUUUCUCACCCAAAUAUACGGAACAAUCUUGGGCGGCUUUAUCAAUUACGCCGUUAUGAUCUCCAUCGUCAACGGAAACCGCGAGCUCCUUGCAGACAGCGACGGUAAUUCGUCUUGGAGUGGCGCAACCAUGCAAUCUUACAACACAAAUGCAACUUCUUGGGCGCUUGCAAAGUAUCUUUACAGGGCUGGCGGGAAGUACGAAAUGGUCCCUAUCGGAAUAGGAAUUGGCGCUGGCAUUGUCGUCGUCCAUCGUGUCUUUGCAUAUUUUGUUCCCAAAAUCCGAAACUUCUCGACCUCAGAGAUAAACUUCCCCCAGUUCAUUCAAUACGCCGGCUACAUCCCUUACAACCAAUCUCAGACAUGCGUUCUUUUCAGUUGGGUUAUCGGGGGCUUCUAUGUUCAGUACUACCUGCGAAACUAUCGCCCGCGCAUCUUCAAGGACUACAUGUACCUUGUUACUGGCGCAUUCGACGGCGCGAGUCUAUCGGUACUGUUCAUUCUAUCCUUCGCCGUCUUUGGCGCUGGUGGGCCUUCAAUUCCCUUUCCUACAUGGUGGGGCAACAAUGCUGAUGGAAAUUACGAUCUUUGCCCUACGGCGGAGUAG